CUUAUAAUAUGGCCGCUACAGGCAACAAGAAAUCAAAGAAGUCGAAAUGGAUCCCAGUGAGCAUCACAGAUAUUCUUGCGGAACCGACUACUAUUCCGACCACAAACAACUGGGCGGACUCUGUAGAUGAUGAACCUACGGAGAGCUAUGGGUACGCGUCGCGGUCGCGCGCGCCGGUGGUGCUGCCGUCGGCGUCGCGCGCGGCGCGCGGCGGGCUGGCCGUGGACGACGACUCCAUCCCGCGCCGCCCGCCCUUCAUCGCGCACAUCUCCAACCUGCCCUACGACGUUGACGAGAGCGCCAUUUCAGACCUCUUUGAGGGGCUCAAGAUUAUUAACUUGAGGCUGCCACGAGAAGGUGAUCGCCUCAAAGGAUUUGGAUAUGUUGACUUUGAAGACCGAGAGAGCCUUAUCAAUGCCAUGAACAUGCCCGAUCUUAGUGUCGGCGGGCGGCGGAUUAGGAUAGAGGUGUCGACCGAGAACAAUGACCGCCGCAUGGGCCGAGGGGGCCGCUCCGACCGGGACAGGGACUACGACCCGGAGCGCACGAUGGGCGACUGGCGCUCGGGCCCGCGCGCCGCGCCCGAGCCCACGGCGCGCCCGCGCGAGAUGACGCGCGAGCGGGACCGCGACCGCGACCGCGACCGGGACCGGGACCGCGAUCGUGAAGAAUCGACGGCCGACAUGCGGCCGGGCGCGUGGCGCGACGGCGACCGUCCGGCGCCAGAGCCGGCGCGCGCGCCGUACGGCGGCCGCGACUCCUUCGGCCGCGACCGCGACCGCGACCGCUACGGUGACGACCGCGGGCGCGAGCGCGGGUUCGGGCGCGACGGCGAGCGCGAGCGCGAGCGCGGCGGAUACGGCGGCCGCGACGGCUUCCGCACCGCCGAGCGCGACUCGCAGGGCUUCGGGAAUCGCGAAAGCAGAGGAUUCGGAGGCCGAGGAUUCGGUGACAGGGACCGCGAUCCACCUCCACCCAGAGAUGACAAGCCCCGCGAGCGGCCCAAGCUGAACCUGCUGCCGCGCACCGUGCCGCGCGCGGCCGACGCGCCGCUGCCGGGCGAGGCUGUGGCCGUGGCUGCAGCUGCAGCCGGCGACGACAAGCCCGCGCCCAAGCCCGUGUCCGCCGAGAAGGUGUUCGGCGCCGCCAAGCCCGUCGACACCGCCGCCAAGGAGAGGGAAAUAGAAGAACGCCUUCGUAAACAAGAAGAAGAGGCACGAAAGGGAACCGAAGAAAAAGAACGUUGGGGGCGUAGGAAUGAUCAUUCUGGAGAACGUCGUGGUGGCGCAAGGCGUGACGAUCGCGGCCGAGAUUCUCACAGCUACAACAGAGACCGGCGCGACAGGGAUGACAACGACAGGCGCGACUACAAGGACGACAGAGACCGACGCGACUACUCGGGCAACCGUGACCGGCGCGACUACUCCGGCAACCGAGACAGGCGAGACUACAAGGACGACCGAGACCGGCGCGACUACUCCAAGGACGAUCGCGACCGGCGCGACCACCCCAGAGACGACCGAGACCGGCGCGACUUCUCGCGCGAGGACCGCGACCGGCGGCCGGCCUCCCCGCGGGACCGCGACCACAGAGACGAGCGCGACGCCCGGGACUACCCGCGGGACUCGCGGGACGCCGACUCGCGGGACCGCGACCACCGGCCGCGCUCGCGGGACCCGUCCCGGGAGCGCGCCGAGCGCGGCCCGUCUCCUCGUGCCGACGACCGCAACGGCGGCCGCGCGCCAAGAGACCUCAGCCCGGACCAGAAGCUGCCCAAGAUGAAGGAGCAGGAAAAACCCAACUUUGUAGCGUCGAAUAAAUUUAGCUUCCUCGAGGAUGCGGACGACGGCGCGUCCGAGUAGCGCAGCGACUGCCGUGUAAAGUGUAAAUUGAUCAAGUGUAAAGACUUGCGCCACUGAGACUCAGUCGCGCCGUGUACCGAGUGACAGGACUACAGUGCGGUGUGUAUCCGGGAGGGCGCACAUGCUGCCGCCGCUGCGAGCCCGGCCCCAGCCCUCACUGGCCCCUAGAAGGCUGUGACUUCUACUUUAGUAAUAUUCAGCUCGUCUCCAUUCCGGUUGUGGGUACUCUUGUACAUAUUAGGGGCUCCGACGUCGCUUUCCUUGUAAAGGAGGCCGCGGUGAGGGCUGGGGCUCGAUUUGUGACAAUGUACUGAAUUGAUGUACAUUUUUCUAUGGGUUUGCUACGUAAUAGUGAACUACGUACGGUCGCAAAGGCAACGGCGAGCUUUCCCGCGACGUUCAGCGACAGGUUUUGUUUUAACGAUUUGAUACAGGUGCUGCUCUCCGAUAUUUUGUGAAUAUUGUUUUGUAAUUUCAUUUACUUUGUUGAAAUAUCAAAGCUUUUUUGAGUACUGCGACGCAAUACAUCGUGAUUGCCACCAAGGGAAUCUUAUUUCAUUAUUUUAGAAUAUUCCUUUAUGUUAAAUAUGUAGUCGAUUUAGAUUAUUAAAAUGUUAAUUGUAUUAUUUAUCUUUACAAACAGUUAUGGUUCCAUAAUCAAUUGCCAUGGUAGUGCAACAAUUACUUGCAAGUAUGCAUUUUUCUGUUGUGUAGCCUGCCCCAUUGAGUUUAGUCAGUGUGGAAAUUCACCUACCUACAGACGGUUAGGACCUUGUCACAAGGAUAUUUUUAUUGGUAAACACAUGUCCAAAGACGUGAAAAUUGUUUAAUAUGUAUUCAUUUCUCAAGUUUAUUUCAUAUACUUUGUUCUAAUUGUGAAUUAUAAAUAAAAUUACCUUUUUACAACCAAA